AAUACUUGGUGGGGAUAUUGGAAAGUUCCAGGUUUUAGCUAAAUAUGCUUCAUAGAAUAAAGAGCUGCAGUUCAGUUUGUGCUUUCUUUUGAGAAACAAUGUGCAACAUAACAUGCAUUUUGAUUGGAAUUGUUUUAAUUUAUUCAUUUCCUUUACAAACACAUAGCAGUACUUAUGAUGAUAAAAUUAAUUUACAAAUAAAAGAUAACUUACAAAAUAUAGCAAAGAAGUAUUCAAAUGAUAUUAAAACUGUGAAAGUAUCAAAACUUAAGUAUAUAUUAAAGAAUACAACAAAUAAAUGUGAACUUGAAAAGACAUGCAAUAACAUGGAAAAUAAUGUUAAAAACAAUUCUGAUAAUUAUAAUAAUCAAAAAAUAAUAAUAAAUUUAGUUCCACCAUUAACAACAAGUAAAGAUUAUUAUACUUAUUUUAAUAGAAGGAAAAAAGAAUUAAAAAAUAAAAAUGUACAAGAAGAUAAGAAUCAACAUAAUGUACAAAAUUAUAAAUAUGAGAAACAAAACACAUCUAUAAAUCAUACAAACCCUAUAAUUGAAAGUAAUCAUUUACCUUACAUGCGCGAUCACGCGCCAAUAGACGUAACAAAGGAAACUUCACAAAAUCAAAUCGGAUAUAAUAAAAUCUACAAAAAAAAGUCUCCUACAAAUAUAUCACAAAUUUCCCCUGAUGGAGAUAGAGUAGAAUUUCAAAUACAAGGUCAUGAAGGUCCAAAAACAUACAUCUUUGGAUUUGAUACUGGAGUUGGAAAAAACAGACAAUACAGACUAGAGGAACGUUUUAACGACGGUACAGUAAAAGGCCAUUAUGGUUAUUAUGAUGCUAGAGGAAAAUUACGAACUGUCAAAUAUAUUGCUAAACCUACUGAAGGUUAUCAAGAAAAGCAUCAUGAAACAAUUAUUCAUGGAGUUGAACAUUGAAUAUCAUUUAUCAACAACUUGAGAUUAAAACGUUUAUUAACAAUAACAAGUAGUGUAUACAAAAAAAAUUAACACAAAAAGAUAUAAAUUUUGCCAAGAUAGAUACAUAUGAAUAUAUUAAUAAAUCUAAUCUAUAUCGAACAUAUUUAAGAUCCAUUGCAAAAAAAAACAUAAGAUCAUAUUUUAUAAGCUCCUUUUAUGUAUUUUAAUGAUCUUUAACAUCUUCACUGAUGGUUUACAAAAUAAUAAUUUUUGACACUUUUGUAAUAUAUAUAUAUUAAUGGUCUAUAUGUAGUCAAAACUAGAUUUUAUUUUAUUUUUUUUAUAUCAGCAGCCCCAUAAGAUGAACUGUUACUUAUCUCAGACAUUUGAAUUGUUUUGUACAUUAGCAGA